AUUCGCGCCAAAGGAAAGUCCCAUAAAUACGUGACCCUUCGUUUUCGUUCAACCCUAGCCCCAAAUCGACGUGAACUCCACCGUUCUCCGUCUUUGAGUGUGUAAGCGAUGAGUUCUUCACUGUCGACGCCUUUGAAAUCGAAUCUGAAGAAGAAAGCAGUUCAAUCGGUCCAGAGCCCGAAUCCACUAAGCUCGCUCAAGACCCCAGACAAGCAACCGGCACCGCUCCCUCGCCGUGGCCGGAAUCAUGGAGUUGCGCUCUCUAUUAAGGAGAUCCGUCAGAUCGCUCAAACACGGUCUCGGCACAAUCCAACGGACCAAGUCAAACCAGUACGGAGGCAGAUCGCUUCAUGGCCUGAUGAGACACCCUCUGUCGUUAAACCUAAGAGGACCAUCGAUGAGUCAGCCAAACUACCACCGAAGUAUGAGAUGUUGGCUGAGUUUUUUGAUUGCUUGGAUAGUUCUAUCCGGUUGCUAAGGUUGAAGGGUUCGAUGACCACUUUCACCAAUAUUUUCCCCAAAAUCGAGUGUUUGACUGAUAGGAGGUUUUCACGUGGUCACUUGGCUCAAUUGAAGUAUAUUUUACCGGAGGCAAUUGAGAUAAAGAGAGUGCUCAAGUUUGAUGAGCGGACCAGUUGUAUGAAACCGGAUCUCCAUGUAUCAGUAAAUGUUGAUGCAAUGGAGUUUGAUGAGAAGUCGAAGGAGAGUAGAAAUAUAGAAUUGAGGAAGAUCUUCCGUGGCAGGCUUCUUGAUUUCUAUAAAGCCCAUCCUGAGGGGAAAGAUAUUCCAGAGGCAACACUGCCAGAGCCCUUCAAUCAGUCAAAGCAAGUUCUGAAUUCAGAUAUUACUAGACCCCACACUUUAUCGUUAUCCACGGAGACAUCGAGAUCACCUAACGAACUUACAGACCCUGGGUCAGCUUCGUCUGUUGUCACAUCAACUGAAGCACCAGAAAUUCAGCAAUCAUCUGUGGCAUCUCAUCUAACUCGUUCUUUCCGGAGGCACUUUUCUCAAAUGGUUUCGAAGAAGGAUAAAGAGAAAACCGGGUUGAAGUCAUCUAAGGUUUCAAUCCCGGAUCCAGUCUCGCUUGCGCGAGAGCCAUGCUUCAGCAAAAUAUCCUCUAGCAUUGAAAUCGACGAUUCUGGUACUACAUCCACACUUAAUAUCUUGUCCAAGUCUACUGGCAGCGGGAUAUCUUCUGAAGUCUGUGACUCUCCAGCUUGCUUGCCUUCAUCCUUCGUGUCUGCAACUCCAAAAAAGGCAAUAGACUUAAAAAAGAAUGAUGGCAGUAUUGCCAAAGUAGAUGACAACCAAUCAACUCCUGCAAAAUUUGCAUCUACGCCUGCUAGGCUGAUGACAGCCACACCCACUUUGCAGCCGCCUAAGAGAUGCUAUAUGAGCCCAGAUGAUGAUUCUAUCUGCUCACAAGACAAACUAGUCAGGCGGCCACCCCGUACGAGGUCAUUAAAAUUUGACACUCCUGUGAAGAAUGAGAAGCUUGAGGAGCAAAUAAAUGACAUUGAGAGCAUCUCAGUUGUUGAUGAUAUUCAUGAUAUUCUUCCUGAAAGUCUUCUUCAAUCGAUAAGAGAGAAAGAGAGGAAGGUUACAGAGGAGCGGGAUCCAGCAAUCUCACAAGCAAAGAGGCGGCGACAAAUGAUUGCCUGCCUGCCUAAGCUCUUCAACAUGAUUCACUUCUUAUUUCAGUCAAUUGGACGAUCCGUAAUCACAAAAGAGGAGCUUAUGCACAAAAUAAUUGCAAACCCUUGUGAUAUUGUCGAUAGAAGAGAAGUUGAGGAGCAGCUGAAAUUGUUGCUGGAACUAGCACCUGAAUGGAUCACCGAAAAGUUGGCAUCCAGUGGGGAUUUACUUGUUCGCAUCAAUAAAAUGUCAAAUUCUGAGUUGAUACGCUCAAGGCUUGAGGAGGCAAAGUAACAAGGAUGCUAAUUUUUUUGUUGGGAUUACUCUGAGAUUCACUCUUGAGGGAAAGCUCAUAUUUUUCCCUUUUUAUUUAUAGUAUGUAACUUUUUUUAGUUUAUACUAGCCAAUGCGUAUACAAAUGUACAGUCAGGAAUGCUUACAUGUAAACUCCAGAACUCGCUUAGCUAGAAUCCCGAUAGAUGUUGUGGCUCUUAACCGAUUUGAAAGUUGGUCUCUGUUUUGUAAACUUGUCCAGUCUUCUGGAUAUAUGGAAAUUCUUUCUGAUUGAAU